AUGAGGGGGGAUGAUAUAUGGAUUGGCCAAAGUUUGGGGAAAUCUACGUCUUUAGAAAAAGCCGAGUUUUUUCUGGAUUCUAAUCGCCGUUGCUUUAAAAUAUUGUCUGAGGUUCUCAGCAGUAUAAACAAGGUUGAAACUCUUGCUCUAAACAGAGAGACCACCAUGGUUAUAUUCUUUCCCAGCAUGGCAAUGGGGAAUUGUCAGUCUGAAACUUUGUAUAGUACUUUGACAGAUCAAGCUGUCUUCUAUGGAUAUUUCAUGCCACUGCUAUUAAAGAAUGUUUGUUAUUUGUCUAUUCAUGUUGGAAGCUUUCGUGAUAUGCUAGUCCCAGGAAUGGUCUCCACUUUUCAAGGAAUGUGUAAUUUGAGUACUUUGGAAAUAAAGUCUGACCCAGAAUUCUUUGAAUCUAAAACUGAUUGUUCUGGGUUUAAUAUGGGAUAUUGGAGAUGUCAAAACAUUCUUUUAUUCAUCAACUUAAGGAAGUAA